UGGUCAGAUUUCGGCCACCGGGUUAAGCGUAAUCGGGGUGGCUUCUCAAGGCGACGGCCUCACUUACACUGUAACGCUUGUGAAAGAUUUGAGGUCCGCCAUUACGGAGGGAACGGUUUGGGUGGAAGAGGGAGCAGUGCAAGACGUGGCCGGGAAUCCAAACCAAGGCUCGGAGGUUUUGAGAAUCAGCUUCGGCCCCUCCUCGCGCGCCGCGGCCGCGGCCGCGCUCGGCGCGAGGCUCGUCUCCCGGGGCCUCGUAACGACCACCGGCAUCUCUUUAGCGGCGCUUCUCCCCACAGUACUUCUCCAAACGAGCGACCUCCUCGGUGCCUGGGCAGGCGGUAUACCGAGUGCCGCUCCGGGCGCGUUCACACCGCGCUUCGCGACCCGGGGCAACCUACUGGGAAUAAUCGGGACGGUGCAGACGUUCGCGCUAUUUCGGAAGCUGGCAAUCCGCCAGUCCGCUGCGUUUCAGGAAGUGAUCGGAAGCCUCGCAACGAUGAAUUUGGAAAGCCGUCCAAUGACGUCACUUGAGGUCGCCUACGCUGCUGCCCCUGCGCCGGCCCCGUGGGCUUCCAUUGCCGGAUUCCGGAGGCGACUCCUGCAGAACGGAACCGGAACAGGCACCCCCGACCCAGCUUCGGUGUCGACAAGCCGAGCCGAAGGUUGGCACACUUCCGGGCUCAUAUUCGGACGCGCUCUCAUCGUUCUGUCUGCGACGUCCGUCGUCCGGACCGCACUAGCGUACGUGUGGAAGCGCAUCUUCAACCAAAGCUUACCGGACCUGCUUCUGUUCCCAAGAGCUGAGCUCCAAGCGGGAGCCUUCUGCUUCUAUCCGGUGUCCAUCGCGUGCGCAUCGCUUCUGCAAGGCCAAUCGACGGCACAGGCCUUUGUGGGCGCUCUACUCCUUCUGCUCAUUCCGUGCUCCGCCAUCAUCGCAGUGCUGGGUUUCCUUGCGACCCACGUCAUCCUGGGAUCGGAGGCGUACUUCGAGCCGUCCAGAGGUUCUCCGAAGGCGCUCACGUGGCGCGGUCGCGCGGUCGCCGCCUGCUUCGGCGUGCCCUGCGCGGGGCGGUGGACCGACGCGCGCCGGACGCACGGACGUCCGGUCGAGCGAUUCGGACUCCUUUUCGAGUCCGUUCGUCCUCCAGUUUGUAAUGGACGGAAAAGCUUGUUUAAGAGAGAAACUUCAGCUGCAGAGAACGAUACGAACGGGCGUCCGCAAAUUUCGAACGCGUCCGAGCGGAGUGGGGCAGAUAUCGGACGCAUUGAAGGGUCCGAAAGCGGUGGAAAAAGGAUUGAGCGGCCCGGAUUGUCCGAGAUGGGUGGGCAGAGUUCUCGAAGGAUGAAACCACUCCUGCUUGGGGCAGGACUGGGUUGGCCUGUUGCGGACGGUGCGCGCGCGCUCGUCCGGAUGCUGCGGACGUGCCACGUGGGCGCGAUCUUCACGAAGCGGCUGGUUUUUGCGGCGCUUCUCGCAGCGAGAGAGCGCCACGUGGCGGGCUCGGAGCCGGGGCUGAGCCAAGUGGGCCUAUCUCUGACGACGUCAGCGGCCUUCCUCUCCUGGCUGUUGAUUGCCAAACCUUACGUCAGCCAAGCCUUGCAAGGCGUCGAGAUGGCGACGGGAUUCGUCGAAGUUUUUACGCUGAGCUUAGCGCUGCAAUCUGGCCGGGUGGAGCGGAAGGCAUUCCAGCGCGGAACUGCGGGCACCGGAAGCUUGACGGAAGAAGAAAGGAAAUUGGGCGCAGGGAUGCUGGGGCUUCAAAUCGUGGCCGUUGGAGUGCAGACGGGGUAUCAGUGGUGGGCAGCCAUUGUUGGGUUAAGAGCACACUGGAAGAUGUGGAAGGAGAGACGAGAAGUACAAGCAGAGAAAAGAAGGUCUUCUGAGAUGCUUAGGAAGAGUGAAAACCAUUUGACGUCGAACCGAGGGAGGGAUAGGGGACCAAGAGACCUUCAGUCUGUAUCGGGGGAUAAGGAGGGGCGGGGUGCUAAACGUGAAAGAGGAGAAGAUGAGGUCAGAGAAAGGAUGAGCGCGGAAGAGGCGCCAACGAGAACGGAAAGGGGUGCAAGAGGUGGGGCAGCGCUACGUGUCAGCAAGGCAAGGAGGCGUAAUAAGAGAAAGGUGAUUACGUCUUCCAGCGCCAAGCACGAAACUGAGUUUGACGACAACUGGGGCCAUGUGGCUUCGGAUGUGGACCUGGCUUUGACCCAGUGGUUGGAGGAAGAUCUGGAAAACAAGAGCGGAAUCUUAAGCGGAUCGGAACGGGUGACAGGGAACGGAAUGAGUUCCUCGAGAGGAUUUGUGAGGAAAGAAGCGGAACUUGGCGUGUUUGCUGCGCAAACCAAAACGGUGCGCACAGCGGAGGUGAGGGAGAGCGCGUCGCAAGAAGCGCGCGCAGCGCGCGGUGACCGGAAGGAACGAAGUCGGAACGGAGAAACGGAACGGAAGCAAGGGAGGACGGGACGCAGCGCUGAUAGCGGGGCGAGCGAAAUUUCCGAGGUUCUCUCCGCAGGCAGCGGCGGCGGAAGGAAAGCAAAGUCGAGAAAAGCGUCACAGCAGUCGGACCGUCCCAAGAGGGCCUCGUCAGAUGCUUCGACUCGACGUCGAGAAGGAUCCGGUAAGGUUAGGAGUCUCUCGCCUCACAGCGGUGGACAGGAUUUAGUGUCAAGGCCUCUCUCCGAGGGGAUAAGAGAAGUGCCGAUGCGCGCGAGCGAGUCGGGGAAUAAAAGCACGCGCGCUGCACGGCUGGGGCGGCUGAAGAGCCGGCGCAAGGUGACUGCCACCGCCACCAUGACGUAUUUCGUCGUGUCCGAAUCGGACGAAUCGGAGGCGUCCGAUGGUGAGGAUCGGACGGCGGGGGUAAACGUGCGCCCCGCGCUCCGCCGGAACAUGGUGGCCAGCUUUACGUUCAAGACGGAAGCCGAAGGUGUUGGCAGAGAUUGGUAG